CCUCAGCUUCACCAUACAAAUUUUGGAUAUGUUGAUCACAAAACCGACACCGUUUUAUCACCACCUCCUCACGGCGGCGCUGCUGCUAUCCUUUGCCAUCUCCGCAUUUUCCGUCAACCUCUGCCCCAACUGCGGUAACACGUCAGUCCCAUAUCCUCUCAGCACAGCUUCCAACUGCGGCGACCAGUCCUACAAAAUCAGCUGCAACGCCGGUGAACUCACGUUCAACACCGUCAACAAUUCUUAUCCGAUCAUUUCCAUUGAUCAAACAAAUCAAAGGCUGAUAAUACAGCCAGCAGAUAUAGUUCCGAACACAUGCAUAGCGUCUGAUUAUAUCCAUCAAGGCAUACAGUUAAAUAAUUCUCUUCCUUUUAAUAUCACCAGUUCCAAUACGGUCAUGCUCAUGAAUUGCUCUGAAUCCAUCCUCGAUCAGCCGUUGGAUUGCUCCAACACAAGCUUAUGCCGAUCGUACGGUAAUAGUACAAUAGGGAGACAAGAAUCAACGUGUGGGGAUUUUCCGUUGUGUUGUACUUUUAAAGCGGGCGGGUCGGCUUCGGCUUAUAGGAUACGGGUUCGAGAAGCGGGUGGGUGUCGGGCGUAUAAGAGUUUUGUUAAUUUGGAUCCGGGUUUGCCUGUGGAUAUGUGGCCUGCCCCGGGUGUGGAGAUCCAGUGGAUGCAGCCUCAGAGACCAGUAUGCGGGUCUCAAGUGGACUGUGAUGAGAGCUCCACUUGUGAGCCUGACCCGGAUACGUUAGGGGUUAGAAGAUGCUUUUGUAGGGUCGGGCUUUUGUGGGAUCCGAUCCGAGGGAUAUGUGAUCAACCUGCUGAUUGUGAAAGUCUUGGAGACUGUAGUGAAACUAAGAACACGGCACUUAUAGCAGGUGUAAGUUCAAGCCUCAGUGUAUUGCUCUUAGCUAUCACCAUUGGCAUUCCAUUGUACAUUCACAACAAACGGCGGAAAGAAGCGCAAGAACGGCAAGUCAAACACUGCGAAGAAAUCUUGAGUGCGGACGGAAGCAAAGCUGCGAAGCUAUUUACGGGCAAAGAGAUAAAGAAAGCAACAAACAGCUUCUCGAAAGACCGCCUUAUAGGUACCGGAGGGUACGGUGUAGUCUACAAGGGCAUUCUUGAUGAUGGCAAUGUUGUUGCUGUCAAAUGCGCUAAGGUAGGGAAUGCCAAAGCCACCGAUCAGCUUCUCAACGAGGUUCGAAUCCUAUGUCACGUAAAUCAUCGAUGCCUUGUACGAUUGCUUGGUUGCUGCGUUGAGCUUGAGCAGCAACCUAUUCUAGUUUACGAAUACAUCCCAAACGGAACUCUUCUUGAUCACUUACAAUGUCGCGAACAAUACUCGAAAAGUCAACUAUCUUGGCUACACCGUCUCCGAAUUGCAUACGAGACAGCGGAGUGUCUGAAUUACCUCCACAUCUCAGCUACUCCGCCUAUAUAUCACCGCGAUAUCAAGUCGAGCAACAUCCUUCUAGACGAUAAAAUGAACGCUAGGGUUUCAGAUUUCGGGAUAUCGAGAUUAGCUUGUAGCGACUUGAGCCACAUAUCAACAUGUGCUCAAGGUACUAUUGGAUAUUUAGACCCCGAGUAUUUCAGGCGGUUUCAACUGACCGAUAAGAGCGAUGUAUACAGCUUCGGAGUUGUGUUGUUGGAGUUAUUAACUUCGAAGAAGGCGAUCGACUUUAGUAGAGGAGAUGAUAAUGUGAAUUUGGUGAUUUAUGCACAAAGUAUGGUAGAUGAAGAAAAGUUAAUGGAGAUAAUUGAUCCUAAGUUAAAGGAGAAAGCAAGUAAUUUGGAAAUUGAGAGUAUUGAGGCAAUGGUGCUUUUGGCAUUGGAUUGUUUGGAUGAAAAGAGAGAAAAUAGGCCUUCCAUGAAAGAAGUUGCUGAUGAAAUUGAAUAUAUUUUGAAGAUGGUAGCAACAAAUAAUGGAGAAAACUAGCUUGAUGUGUGCCAUUUAUAUAUAUAUAUGUAUAAAUUAAUGCAUAUAGAUAAUUAAUAUAUAUGUUAAUUUAGUUCUUAAUGUAUAUUAAUUAAGUUAUCAUAUAUAAUUUUGAUCAAAA